AGCACCAUUUCACCUUUCAAUACAACUACACGUUCAUCUAUUGGUCCGUCCAGUCCACCCAAGUAGCCAGUACACAUUCAGCCAACCGUUAGUCAUUUCACUCUUCAAUAGAACAAGUUAAGCCAUUCAUCUUUGCUCUUUUUUUUUUUUUGUGCACCUUCCGUGACAUUAACUAUUAAAUGGGGAAUAUCAAGGAAUAGCUAGAAUUAAACUGGCCAACACGAAGUGACGAGCCAGUCAGCCAUUAUUUCACCCUUCACAAGUUAAGCCAUUCAUUCAUCCGUCCAUCCAGGCAGUGAUAAGUAGCCAAUACAGAGCCAGUCAGCCAGCCAGUAGUCCCGAGCCUCUGCGUCACGGUGGCUGGUGUCGUCGGGUUCGGAGCCUCACAGUGACGGGUUUGGCACCACAAUGAACCGGAAGCUUCUCGUGUGUCAUCCCCCAGCCGUGAGAGAGAGAGAGAGAGAGAGAGAGAGAGGAGAGAGAGAGUUAUUGCUACACCAAAAAGAUCCCAUGAAAGGAUGGUGACCUUCAUCGUAAGAAUGGUGACCUUGCUGGGUGGUGAUAGUGAUAGUAAUGAUGACGGUGGUGGUAGUGGCUGCAGCUGAGCUGUUCGCUGCAACACGUUACGAGGAUUUUCUGCGCUGUGAUUUCGUUGGUGCGCCAGUGGGCGUUCAGUUCUAACGAGGCUUCGGAAAGGUGACGGAAGCAUGGGCAAUGGCAGACUCCCCCGAAGGACGUGUUUCCGCCACGCUUAGUGCUUCAGGCUGUGGAGGACGCGAUGAGUGUGGCGGUGGCGGGACAGCCUUGUGGUGGUGCUUCAUGACGGUCAGCCCAGCACCGGGAGUGUGCUGCAGAGAGUCCUGGCCAGCCUCGGUGUGCCGCUCAUCCUCGCGGACUUUGGGAACCCAGGCGUGAUUGAGGCCGCGUGGCUCGGGGACUUCAACAGUGCCUUCUAUGUCCACCUUCUUAUAUUUCGGCGACCCAGAUGCUGUGGAGGACUUCCUGGAAUCGGUGCCCGAAUACACGUGGGCGCCACGACACCUCCUGCUCCUCAACAUCAACUGGUCAGUGAACGCGGCCACGAUCCUGGGUCACCCCAGCCCUUCGCCACUCCUCCUUCCUCACCCUCUUGCAGCCACACCUGAAGGCAGAGGGGACGCCCGUCUACCGCAUCCUCACCUACGAAACAUUUAAACCGGGAAACAAGAUUGUCCAGCGAGGAAACUUAAGUUCGUCGUCUUCGUUCAGUUCCCUCUUUCCUGACCGCUUCUCCACCUUUCACGGCCACCACUUCCACCUCUCCAGCUGGGUCGAUGACUUUCCAUAUAUCAUUCCAGGCGAGACGUUAGACGACUCGUAUGGGAUUGGUAUUAACAUGCUCAACGACAUUGGAACUAUUUACAAUUUCACGUACGAGAUAUACGUAAAACCCGAGGAUGGUAUGUGGGGCGACCUGAGUAACGGAACCUGGCGGGGCAUGAUCGGCGAGGUGAAGAGGGAGGAAAGGGACUUUUGCAUCAACGUGAUGGCCUUCACGAUGGAACAGUUUCACGUCGUUGACUUCAGCGUGCCCUACACAGUGGACGGGUUUGCAGUCAUGUUGAGGAACCCACUUCCUCCUCCAAGGUGGUGGUCCAUUGUCUUCCCCUUAAGCUGGGACACGUGGGUCGUCCUACUAAUAUUCGUGCUGUUGUUGCCUCUCCCUCUUUACCUGCUCAUCAAGGCUCACGAGGAGUCCAAGGCCUCGCUCAGCAGGAUGUAUCUGGAGGUGGUGAGGAUAAUCCUUCGCCAGGACGCGGUGCAACUUUCAUCAGCUGCCUCCGUCAGGAUUUUCUCGGGAACCUGGUGGCUGGCGGCGAUGGUGCUGUUUAUAUCCUACACCGGGAACUUGGUGGCGUACAUCACAGUGCCCGCUAAGCCACAGAUGCUGACCACGGUGGAGCAGCUGGUAGAGACGGAUAUCAUACCCAUGGUACCGGACUACGGAACAGUCGCACCUGCUUUUCUAAUGGCGUCUGAGGAUCGCACGUUGAGGAUCUUGGGAAAAAAACUGCUGCUUAUCUCCGCUGAGUCUUAUCAGGAUGGAUUCGACUUGUUAGAAGAGGGACGGUAUGCUUUCCUGGAUGGCGCAGAGUACUUACGAUACACCGCCAUCAUGCACCGCGUCACCAAUGUCUACUUCCUCAAGGAGACGUUCUUCCCUCCCAGCAUCAGUUGGAUCUUUCCCAAAUACACGGCGUGGAAGCACAAGUUUGACCUUUACUUGCAGAGAUUCGUGGAGUCUGGUCUUAUCGACUUCUGGAAAAAGUGGUUGACGGAAGAUGUUCGCAAGAAAAUGAAUUUGACCGAGAGCAAGGUAGACGCACAGCAGGGACCGCGACCACUAAACCUAGAUGACUUGAAGAGCAUCUUCUUCGUGUACCUGGUGGGAAUCCUCGUGGUUGUGGUGGCUGGUGUCUUGGAACUGUAGCAACCUAAUAGGGAUUUUUCGGCAAAUGCAAAUAAAUAAAUAAAUAAAUAAAUAAAUAAAUAAAUAAAUAAAUAAAUAAAUAAAUAAAAAACACGGCAUAGUUAACAUGCAACAUGAUGGUUCAGUCAGCUAUUAAAGUUUUUCAUGCUGAGAACCUUUUCUUCCAUUGUCGGAAUGGAAACCAUCACUCAGUUUGUAGCUUCCUCUUUGAAUGUCACUUGAGAUUCUCUUUGCUUUUUUCUCAGUCACCAGUUUCUUCUGAUGUCAAAUCUUACAGUACUGAAUCAGUGUCAUGUAUUAAGUGGGCAAGUAAUCUUUCUGUAAACGUUUGUGAUAACAGUAGGCUCUGCACACAUGUGACCACUAGGAAUGCAAAGCUAAUUCUUAUUUACGCCUUCAUGCAGUUAUCGAAACCAUCUUGCGGCGUAUUAUGUACGUAAAUAUGUGUGUGUGUGUGUGUGUGUGUGUGUGUGUGUGUGUGUGUGUGUGUGUGCGUGUAUUCGUGUGUGUAUUCGUGUGUAUGUGUGUGUGUGUGUGUGUGUGUGUGUGUGUGUGUGUGUGUGUGUGUGUGUGUGUGCUUAUCAUUA